AUGAGACACUUGGUAAAUAUCCGAAGAGCAAAAUUAUUUUUAAGUACCUACGAAAAAUUAGUUAAUCGAUCAUCAGCAACAUUGAUGAGAAGGUACUCAUCAAAUGCAUCUAAAGAAUCAAGUAGAGACAAGAAACCUUCACUACACAAACACCUGCAUGCUAAAAUAAAAUCAUGUGGGCCUAUUCCUGUGGCUGAGUACAUGAAAGAAGCACUCACAAACCCUACAGCAGGAUAUUACAUGCUAAGAGACGUGUUUGGUGCCGAAGGGGAUUUUAUAACGUCUCCAGAAAUUAGUCAGCUCUUUGGCGAGAUGUUAGGGAUAUGGGUGUUGAACGAGUGGAGAAAAAUUAGCAAAGAAAAUUUUCAAUUAGUCGAGCUGGGACCUGGGAGAGGGACGUUGAGUAAAGAUAUUUUAAAAGUAUUCAAGCAACUUAAAGCGCUGAAUAAAUUGUCUCUGCAUUUAGUUGAAGUCAGUCCUGCUUUGUCAGAGAUUCAGGCUACGAAAUUGUGUACAUCUUCUAAGGAAGUUACCCCAAUUUUAAUUAGUAAUAGUGAUGAUAGAAAUGAAAAGCACUAUCGUGAAGGAGUUACGGAUGAUGGUACUCAUGUAUUUUGGUAUCGGUCUAUAGAACAUGUACCAAAAAAAUUUAGCGUUUUUAUCGCUCAUGAAUUUUUUGAUGCUUUACCUAUUCACAAAUUCCAGGAAGACGAAAAAAGAGAUCACGUAGAAGCAAGCCCGCAAAUGAUGGUGAUAAUUGAUUACAUGGCAACGUUUUUAAAAGAGUGUGGAGGGUUUGCGUUUAUCGCUGACUACGGCCAUACGGGGGAUAAGACUGAUACUUUUCGCGCGUUUAAGAAACACCAGCAGCAAGACCCGCUGGUUGACCCAGGAACUGCGGACCUUACAGCAGACGUCGACUUUGCAAUGAUUAAAAAAAUAGCUACUAAAGAUGACAGAAUGAUAGCGUUUGGCCCGGUUAGUCAAAAAAAAUUUUUACUAGAUCUAGGCAUUGAUGUCAGGUUAAACAUGCUGUUACACAAAACAACAGACGCUGACAGGAAAGAUUUAAUAUCCGGAUACAAAAUGCUAGUUGAUGAAGACAAAAUGGGGAAAUGUUUUAAAAUUAUGUCGCUAUUUCCAUCGAUUUUAAAAGACCACUUGAUGACGUGGCCAGUCAUAGGAUUUAUUGACAGCAAAACUAAUGAAAAACUUAGCGGAGAUAAAGAUAAAUAA